CUGCCCCCAGUUCAGGCAGGUAUAAGUCCACCGCACCAGACCAAGGGAACCUAGAUGGAAAAAAGAGAGGUCACCAUGUCCUUUUGGAGCCCAGAGCGAAACCAGAGCCCAGGGGGCGUGGAUGCCCAUCUUUCUAGAACCUUGUUCCUUCUGCUACUAAUUGUGGCCCCCUCGGCCCAGGGGGUCAUCCAAAACCCUGAAGCCUGCAAAGUGUUCCAGUCAGACAACGGCAGCUCUGUCAACUGCUACACACCCGCCAAACUCCCCCCAUACCUCCCAGCCGACACCAUCUACCUUUCAAUGGAGUUCCUCAACCUCACCCAGCUGCCACCGGACGCCCUCCAGGGCAUUCCUAACCUCCAGGAGCUGCACCUUUCUAGCAACCAGCUGGAGAACCUCUCAGCCAAGUUUCUGUGGCCUGUGCCUCAGCUAAAGGUGAUCGAUCUAACUCGCAAUGCUCUGACUCAGCUGCCCCCUGGCCUCUUCCAGGUCUCUGCUGCCCUCCAUACCCUGGUGCUGAAGGAAAACCAGCUGGAAGUCCUGGAGACCUCAUGGCUGCACGGCCUGAAAGCCUUGGUGCAUCUAGACCUGUCUGGGAACCGCCUCCAGACCCUGCCCCCUGCGCUGUUGGCCAACUUCACUGACCUGCGCAUCCUUGACUUUGGCAAUAACCAGCUGGAGACCUUGCCCUCUGACCUUCUGAGGGGUCCCCUGAAGUUGGAACGGCUGCACCUGGAAGGCAACAGAUUGCAGGCACUCGAAGAGGGCCUACUGGCACCCCAGCCAAGCCUGCACUACCUUUUCCUGAACGACAACCAGCUGGCCACGGUGGCAGCCGGCGCCUUCCGAGGUCUGAAGCAGCUGGACAUGCUGGAUCUCUCCAACAACUUACUGACCAGCGUGCCCAAGGGGCUCUGGACAUACCUGGGGUGGCCUGGGGCAGCCCAGGCCAUGAAGGAUGGCUUUGACAUCUCUGGUAACCCCUGGACCUGCAACCAGGACCUGGAUGACCUCUAUCAGUGGCUUGUGGCCAAUAAAGACAAGAUGUUCUCAGGGAAUGACACACGCUGCGCUGAGCCUAAAGCCAUGAAGGGCCAGAUGCUCCUGGCUUUGGCCAUGUCCCAUCUGGAGUCUAAGGCUGGGGAGGAGAUAGGGGUGAUGGCUUCGAAGAGCACUGCACCCUACUAGGCAAUUCAUCCCCCCUUUUAAGAGUGAGGCAGGCUUUCCAAGAUUACCAGACCCAUUUUGCCCAUGCUUCCCAAAAUACCCUUUAGGUUCUCUGGCCUUCUUGCCAUUGUUCAAGCUGUACCCUCUUCCAGGAAUGCCUUCCCCAUUUCCCAGGUCUCUUGGUCUUCCAGCUCCCUUAGCUCGCUCACCCUCCCUCUGGCCAGGCCCUGGCCACACAGCAGCUGUCUCUAUCUGAUUCUGCCUCCCCCAGUUUGGGGGACUCCCUGAGUGCAAGGCCUGUGGCUGAGUUGCCUCUUACUCAUCACUCAGUUAGGGGUCAGGCCCAAGGGGUUUAAUAAAUAAUUGGCAAACAUAAUUGGA